AUGGCUGUAGCUAAAUACUUUGGUGAAGAACGAUUGCCAGACGCAGUGUAUGCGGUAUAUCUACGCAAAGUAAGAUAUGUGGCCGCACCAACUUCCCAUUACGAUAAUGUCAUUCUACCUCGUUAUCGAGUAGUCGAUCGAGACGAUCAGCAGCACUCACUGAUGGCACCCGAAGUAUCGGAAGAUCAUUUGCAGUGGGAGACGAUCCGUGAGCGUGUGAUACGUUGUGGUACCAUCGAAAGGCUUGUCGAAUCACUCAUCGGUAGCGAUAACACGAUGGAUUCUCGGCAAUUCAACGUCUUCUUUGCCACUUAUAGAGCGUUCUCGAAUUGUGCUGUGGUGCUUGACCUUCUUCUGAAUCGUUUCGAUUCUCUACAAUCCAAAGAACACGAAUCUACCGGAGUGAUAAUGAACUCUAACGAUAUCGCUAUGCAAAAUGCGAUUCGAUCGGUGCUGUUGUGUUGGUUGGAUAUGUAUCCGGAAGAUUUCUACGAGCCGAAUACAGAUUUUGUAUCGCUGAUGCGACUCACUGAAUUCGCUCGAGUCAACAACAUCACUGAUAUCCGAUCGAAAGCGAAACGAUUGCGGGAAAUGUAUAAGAGAAUUGCAAAUGAGGGUGGUCUUAUUGCUCAAAUCCCAUCAAUGGAUCAGUACGUGUUCAGUCAGGGCUAUGAUCGCAAUAAUUAUUUGAAUUGUUUGGAACGUGCGAAAAUGUUCGAUGUUGGAAAAGAGAACUGCGUUCAGAUCGCUGAACAGCUCACUUAUUGGGAUGCUGAAUUAUUCAAAGAAUUAUUACCUCAACAAUGCCAAGGAUGUGUUUGGUCGAAACGGCGAAGGAAAGGCCCUGAAGCAGUUUACAGUGUUCGCGCCACAAUCGAUCAGUUCAAUGCCGUUUCACAACGUGUUAUGACGAGCGUCGUGCUACCGGAUUGUCGAGCAGACUUUCGUUCGAAAAUCAUCAGCAAAUGGAUUGAUAUUGCAAGGGAGCUGAGAGCGCUGAAAAACUUCUCUUCGCUAAAAGCCGUAAUAUCGGCUCUUCAGUCUGAACCCGUUUAUAGGUUAAAGGCAGCAUGGGCUUUGGUACCUUCUGGAUCGAUGGCUCAGUUUCAAGAGUUGGCGUCAAUCUUCGAAACCGAUGAUGAUGGUGAAGAAAAACGCGCAAGGCGGAUUUUGGACGAGGAAGGUACAGCAAAAAGUUCCCCACUGCGUCGUCCACAACUAAUCCAAAAUUGUCGUCGCACAAAAAGUGAUGUAAACUUAGCUGAAUCUCAAGGUACCGUACCAUAUUUGGGAAGUUUCUUGACCGAUCUCGCAAUGAUCGAUCAAGCACAUCCGGAUUUCACGGAAGAUGGUUUGAUAAAUUUCGAGAAGAGGCGUAAAGAGUUUGAGAUAAUCGCCAAGAUUCGAUUGUUUCAAUCCGCUUCACGCGCUUACACAAUACCGAUGGAUCCUGCAUUCUGUUCAUGGUUCUACUUCUUGCCGUCAUUAGACGAGAAUCAUUGUUUCGCAAGGUCGCUGGAAGUGGAACGACCGUUGACGAUGUCUUCGGAUAGUAAAUCAAAAUCGAUGUCGUGUCCUGGAUCAAAUAAAAUAAACACUCUGUCUCGUCUGUUCGCUACAAUGAGUCCGGAUGAGGCAAACGGCAACAGCGGGAACCCUAACGAUAGUCAAUUCGGUGGACAACUCUCCAACGACUCUGGCAUCGCCACAGAGGAUUCUUGGGUAUCUGAAGCUUGCAUGGCACGAUCACAUCUGGAUAAGCCGAGCGCUUUCACUAUUGGACCGUACGGAAUGCAUAGCUCAAAAUCGUUCACGUCGCCUUCAACACCUGCAAAUAGCGUUUCAUGGAAAGGAGGUUGUGAAUUUAGUCCAAGUUCGUUAUUUACGCAUCAGUUGACACCAAGCAGUUCAUCGAGUAAACAUCCCAGUGAAUCCCUUUCACACUCAUCCACUGCGACUACGAACGAGUUUCUCGUAAGUUUCGUUACUAAUUCCAACCAGUCUAAUUUGUAUUUCAUGAAUAACGCUUUACUGUCGAGACGAACUGUAAGCGCAUCAUGUGCGAUGUCGUUGAACGCAGAGAAUGGUAAUAAUAGCCUACAACGGCAUGCCAGUCCGAAUGGACAAACAAUAGAUUCCUCAAAAAAGAUGAUCGGAUCUCACCGUCGCCAAUUGCAGACCAGAAAUCGUUCAUACCAUAGUGACCUUCUUUCUCUGAAACAGCAUCAACCUGCCGCCUUCCACCUAGCACGAGUCGCACUCGACGAUUCACUUCAGAUUGGUAGUGCGGCUACAAACUACAAAUGUAUAAAGGUGGAGAACGGUGAUCGUAUGAGUAGCCUUAUCGAUAGGGUACUUGAGAAACACCUCAUUAAUGGUGAGUCGUCGGAAUUCUGCCUUGUACAGCUUCUUCCCGACGGAUGUGAGUUUCAAUUACCCGACAAAUGCAAUCCCUAUUAUGCAGUGGCGCCAGAUCCGAAUUCACCAAUGUUGAGUUUCGUGUUGAGGCGACGCGCGGAUAGUGAUUCGCACUCGGGUGUAACCUCUAUGGCACCAUCGGUCAAAAAAUUGAAUCGCAUGAAACGCAGUAAUUUAUUGAGGUGGAGCUCUGGUUAUUUGUGA